AUGUCUUUUGUCCAGCGCCGUAUGUUCUCCGCCUCGGCGAGAAGCCUCUCCAAGGUCGCCGUCCUCGGUGCCGCCGGUGGUAUUGGCCAGCCCCUCUCCCUGCUCAUGAAGCUCAACCCCAGAGUCACUGAGCUCGCUCUCUACGACAUCCGCGGAGGCCCUGGUGUCGCCGCCGACAUCUCCCACGUUAACACAAAGUCCGUCGUUAAGGGCUACGACCCCACCGCCACCGGCCUCGCCAGCGCCCUCAAGGGCGCCGAGGUCGUCCUCAUCCCCGCCGGCGUCCCCCGCAAGCCCGGCAUGACCCGCGACGACCUCUUCAACACAAACGCCUCCAUCGUCCGCGACCUCGCCAAGGCCUGCGCCGAGUCCUGCCCCGACGCAAACAUCCUCGUCAUCUCCAACCCCGUCAACUCCACCGUCCCCAUCGUCUCCGAGGUCUUCAAGGCCCGCGGCGUCUACAACCCCAAGCGCCUCUUCGGCGUCACCACCCUCGACGUCGUCCGCGCCUCCCGCUUCGUCUCCGAGAUCAAGUCCACCGACCCCAAGGACGAGAACAUCACCGUCGUUGGCGGCCACUCCGGCGUCACCAUCGUCCCCCUCUUCUCCCAGUCCAACCACCCCGACCUCUCCUCCAACGCCGAGCUCGUCAACCGCGUCCAGUUCGGCGGUGACGAGGUCGUCAAGGCCAAGGACGGCGCCGGCUCCGCCACCCUCUCCAUGGCUUUCGCCGGUGCCCGCAUGGCCGAGUCCCUCCUCCGCGCCUCCCAGGGCGAGAAGGGCAUCGUCGAGCCCACCUUUGUCGACUCUCCCCUCUACAAGGACCAGGGCAUCGACUUCUUCUCCUCAAAGGUCGAGCUCGGCCCCAACGGUGUCGAGAAGAUCCUCCCCCUCGGCAAGGUUGACGCCGCCGAGGAGAAGCUCCUCGAGGCCUGCUUCGCCGACCUCAAGAAGAACAUUGCCAAGGGUGUUGCCUUUGUCGCCUCCAACCCCCCCAAAUAA